AUGCACCGAAACCCAAGAAACAAAGGAAAGGAUACAGAAUAUAAUGUGUAUGGAUUGAGGAAAGUAAGCUUCUGGGAAAAGUAUGGCGUUCAACGAUUUCCUCACCGUGGGAGGCGAAGAUACUCACCGUUUGCUUACCAAUCGAAAGACGGAGGGAUUAUUAUUUCCAAUGACGUUUUUGGCCUAACAAUCAGACAGUUUGAACGAAUCUAUAAAGCUUGUUUAGACAAAAGGAAAACAAGUGAACAGAAUAUAAUUAAUAUUAGGUAUCCUGAUAAAACCUCAGAUGAAUAUCUUGAAUACUUACAGGAAAGUACAGAUUACAAUCAAGAUUACGUGACCUGGCCGGGAAAUAAUUUGAAAGAAAGAUUCUUAUACGAAUACUUAGUCAAUACAGCUGGUUCAGAAAUAGAUAUGCGUAAACGACAACAACUUUUUUUGACACACGAUAUGAUACAGAAUAAAAUUAUGCUAAAUUUAGGUUCAGGAUAUACAGAAAUAACGGCUGGAAGUUUAGCAGAGGGCUUGGACAUGCGAGGUAGUGGCAUUGAUAUAAUGUACGUCAUCACGGACGUAGACGUAUUACGGGAUGAAAAGAACACCAAACACCAAAUACAAGGGACAACACUGAUCAUGGAGACUGACAAUGAAUAUCCUGGAUUUACUAGACUCCGAUUACUAGCAGGAGGAGAAGGCGAGUCUUACUUUACACCACAUGAAUGCUUUGAAGUUACUAAUAAAGGCUUAUAUUUAUCAGUGAACAAAUUUGUUAGUAAUAUUAAACAGAAACUUCACCGUCAUUAUAUUGUAUCAUAUCACGGCCCCUGUUUAACAGAUCACUGUCAAAACGUGGAUUAUGCAUACUGUCUUCGGAGUGAAUAUUUACCUUACAAUGCAAUACACUGGGCUUCGCGUUAUCGAAGGCAAUGGCCGCCCAAAUCUGUAGUUGACAAGAUUAAAAACGACGGAUGUAUGUUAGUACCCAUUGGACCAAGGACCUUGUCAGAUUGUAAUGUAUUAUGGAGAAUAUCUUUUUCUGUUGCCGAAAAAAUACUUGUUCAUUCGUUUAAUUACCCUCAACUCUUGUGUUACUGUCUUCUCAAACUGACAUUAAAACAAAUCGUUGACACAGACACAUGUGCAAAAGGUUUAUUAUGCUCUUACUAUCUGAAAACAGUUUUAUUCUGGGUUUCUGAAGAAAUCGGUAUUGAAACAUUUCAAUUCUCUAAAUUACAUUCUUGUUUUUCUCACUGCUUACAUAAAUUAAUAUUAUGGGUAAAUAAUUGUUAUUGUCCGAAUUAUUUUAUACCAGCACAGAAUAUGUUCUUAGGAAAAAUCGGAACCGAUAAUAAUGAAAUUCUAAAAAAUGUAUUGAAUAGCAUAAAGUGUGGCGGAAUCGAUGGAUUGAUACAGAAUGUUUGUCAAUACGACAAUGUACUUCCUCCUUUAUUAAGUGCUCAGACUAUACCAUCUUUUGUUAUGUUCGACUUACUUUUUUACAGGAUAUCACAUUUAGUAUUAGCCCGUCUGUCUGACAUAUCACAAUGUUUGAAAUUGCUAAAUAUUACUGAAUGUUUAAUUCAGUCGAAAUCGUCUGAGUUUAUUGUUGAAGUAUGUAAAUAUCAUCAUACUGAAAUAAGUCAGUUUGCGGCACAACUUCUACCAACACAAUUCGUAACAACUGAAAGGUACAAAAUACACAAAUAUUGUCAUAAACAUUUACAGAGACAUGUAUUGUCGAAAUGCGCAUCUGGUGCAACAAAAUUGGUACCGUUGAUUUUAUUACAGGACGGUAUUAAAACAAAUGCUGCAUCGGGCUGGUUGUUAUACGCAUCGUUUUAUUAUGUGACAGGACAGUUCAAUGUAACUUUAAAACUUACGGAUUAUGUUCUGUCAAAGUGUUCACCUGAUAUGAUACUACUUGGAGGUCAACAUUGCCAAGACAGACAUGUCAAUUAUUACAGAAAUCAAGUACAUUCCACAAUGACACUUCGUGACAAGGUGAGAAUGGCAGUUGUUAAUAAUGUUAGAUACGUACAGCAAUCAUCGUUAAUACCGCAGGAACUUCAGCUAGAGGUGUGUGACCAUUACAUAGUUGUACCUCCGAUAGUUAUGUCCCACUGUCUUAGAUUUCUCUGCUUUCAUCAUAAAGGCGAUUUGUUUAACAGACAACAGGCUUUAUGUGAUUUACGUUCAACAAUAAAAAGAAGACAUCUAAUUGAUGUAAAUACCUUAUCUAUAUCAAUAACAAUACUUGGAGUAUGCUGUGAAAUAUCAAAUGAUCUAAAAACAGCUUAUCAGUGUUAUGAAGAAGCUUUACAAUGUGAGUGUUAUAUAUGUGCUACCGCUGAAACAAGGAGAUCAAAACUGUAAGCACUAUCUGUGUAGUCUUUAAAUGCAUAUUCAAUUACUGCAUGUAUGAUAUUGAAUAAUACUAUGACAUA